AUGUCGACCGUGCGCGCGAAGCGGAAGCACGUCCUCGACAGCGACAGCGACGACGACGACGACGACUCUGACGCGCCCGUCGUCGUCGCCGCGACCGCGCCGCCCGCGGUCGCGGUCGCGGUCGCGGUCGCGGUCGCGGACGACGGCGACGACGGCGACGACGUCGACGACGACGACGACGCGAGAGCGGCGACCGUUCGAUCCGCCGCGGCCGCGUCGGCCGCGGACGCGAGCGGACGGCCGAGGAACCGCCUGAAGUCGAGGGCGGCGUCGGAGCAGGAGAUCAUCGCCCUGGACGUCGACGGCGAGAGCGGCGGCGGCGGCGGCGGCGGCGGCGGCGGCGGGAUCGACGACCGGGGAGUCGUCGUGAUCGACGACGACGGAAACGACGACGACGACGACGACGUGGUGGAGCUCCUCGAGGAAGAAGAUCACGCGCUCGUGCAUUGCGCGAAAAUCUCGCGGCGGCUUCGACGCGCGCUGGGGCAGGACGACGGCGACGAGUACGCCCCGGGCGCGAGCGACGGGCCGCUCUCGCCGCUCGGGAAAGCGAACGCGAAAUCAUCAUCGAACGGAGUCGGAGGGAAGAAGAGGAGAGCGCUCGUCGCCGUCGACGACGUCGUCGCCGUCGCCGGGGACGGGUCGUUCAGCGCGAACCUGAAACCGUACCAGAUGGUCGGCGUGAACUUUCUGUUGCUGCUCGACGAGGAGGACGUCCCCGGGGCGAUCCUGGCGGACGAGAUGGGGCUGGGGAAGACCGCGCAGGUGCGUUCUAUACACUGGUGGGGCGAGAAGACGCUGCCGAAACGCACGCUCGCGCAGAUCGCGUCCGGGAGCGGCGGCGGCGGCGGCGCCUCCGGACCCGGCGACGCGAGAGAAGAGCCCGCGCUCGUCGUCGCGCCCGCGUCGCUGCUCGAGAACUGGAAGCGCGAGCUCUCGCGCUGGGCGCCGGCGUUGAAGGUUGGUUUCUACCACGGCGCCGCCGGGCAAAACGCGGUUCGCGCCGCCGCGGAGGCGCACGCGUUUCAACGCGAAAACGACACGGGCGAGCGCGUCAGCGGCGGCGGCGCGUUCGACGUCAUCAUCGCGUGCUACUCCCUCUUCGAGCGCGACUCCGCGGACGUCAAGCUUCACCGGAAGUGGCUGCGAUCGCUGCGGUUUUCGCACCUCGUCUUGGACGAAGCGCAUCUCGUGAAGAAUCGAAACACGCAACGCGCUAAACGGUUGGAUCUCGUCGCCGCGCGCGCGCGACGACGCGUCCUUCUCACGGGGACGCCGCUGCAGAACAACCUGAGGGAGCUCGAGUCGCUGAUACACCUCGUCCUCCCCGGGCUACUCGCGGAGGGCGCGCUCGAGGGCGGGAUCGGGCAAGAGGGCGCGGACGAGACCGAGGCGGAGGCGGCGGCGAGAGCGUCGAGGGUGAAAUUUAUUCUCGCGCCGUUCAUCCUUCGUCGCUUAAAAGAAGAAGUCGCGAGGGAGCUGAUCCCGAAGACGCACGUGAAGACGAUCGCGGAGAUGACUUCGGGGCAGAGACGUAGCUACGAGAGCGCCGUGGACGCCGCGCGGGCGGAGCGACGACGGCAACGCGAGGGAAGAGGGGACGGGGAUUCGGCGGGGACGAAUUCUUCGACCAACGCGCCGCCGUCGGAAAAAAUCAAAGCGUUGUUCGUGCACCUUCGGAAGAUCGCGAACCACCCGUUGCUCGUCCGGGAGAAGUACACGGAAGAGGACGUCGAAGAGAUGUCCGCGGUGUGUCAUCGCAAGGGCGCGUUCGGGCACGAGGCGACGUUGCCCAUGGUGCGGCAGCACGUGAGGGGUCUGAGCGAUUUCGCGUUGCACCAGCUGUGCGAGGAUCCGCAGCUCGGGGGCGCGCUCGCGCACAAGGCGCUCCCCGCGGAGGCGGCGUUCGACGCGUCAAAAACGCGCAAGCUCGAGACGUUACUCGCGGAUUUAAAAUCGAAAGGCAGCCGCCCGCUGAUAUUCUCGCAGUGGAAGAUCGUCUUGGACAUCCUAGAGUGGGCGCUCAGAGAACGCGGGCACAAAUUCGUGCGUCUGGACGGCUCAACCGCGGUGGAGGAGCGCCAACGCAUCUGCGACGCGUUCAACAGAGACGGCAGCGACAUCUUCGCCUUCUUGCUGUCCACGCGCGCGGGCGGUCAAGGCUUGAACCUCACGGGCGCGGACGUCGUCGUCAUCCACGACUGCGACUUCAACCCGCAGAUCGACCGCCAGGCGGAGGACCGGUCGCAUCGGUUGGGGCAGACCAAGCCGGUGACGGUGUAUCGGUUGGUCACGAGCGGCACCGUGGACGAGCGGAUCGUGGAGAUCGCGGAAGGGAAGCUCGCGUUGGACGCGGCGAUAUUGAGCGACCCGAAGGCGAUGGCCGCGGAGGAGAACAAGGCGAUGCACAGCAUAUUGGAGGACUUGUUAGGGUGACGACGAGGAAGUUUAUUGGGGAGCGCGCGAACGCGAACGCCCCCCUCUGAUGCGUUACGUUUCAACGAACAGAACGCCAAAC